GCUAUCAGCCAUUCACCCAUUUCUAGCUCUCCGAGGACGGGCUCCCUGCUGUCGGGUGUGGAGUACGCCCCUCGUAUCGUCGACGUGGCAAGUCGGGAGUCACGUGGCGUCUCUGGACCACGUGGUGCUUACUUACCCUCUGGCCCCAUUCGUGUGCCUGGAUUUGUCGGCCUGGAACUCGUUCUGGACCACGUGGUGCUGAAUUACCCUCUGGUCCCAGUCCCGCUCCCGGUGCUGGUGGUCACGGGGGAGUGUGCCAGUCUGCCAUGUCAUCAAGGCGACGUGGCACUCUUAUCAUCGGUCCACGUGGCGAUCGAGCGCCGGGCGUCUCGCGGUGUGAGGGGGACAGGACAGCACUUAAGUAGCGGGGAGCUGAAUGCGGCUCGGUGAAUUUCUUUCCCCGCCUUGAAGUACUGAGAGGCAGCGAGGAGGAGGGGAGACACCAUGGCGCCCCGGGUGUUCCUGCCCUCACUGCGCGCCAUUCUAUCCCCUUCGCGGUCUCCAGUUGUCUCCCUACGGAUUAUCAACAAAAAUCUUCCACUUCGGCGGGAGGAAGUCUCACGCGAAGAGGCGCAGCGUCGGAUCAAGGAAAUCAACGAGCCUUAUAAGCUCGAGAUUUUAGAAGGAAUAAAAUCGGAGCCAAUCACCAUCUACCACAUAGGUGAUGAGUGGUGGGAUUUGUGUGCGGGGCCUCAUGUUGAGAGGACAGGAGAGCUUCCGAAAGGCGGAUUCGAACUGGAAGCGGUCGCUGGAGCGUAUUGGCGAGGAGACGAGAACCGUCAGAUGCUGCAGCGAGUGUACGGCACAGCAUGGGAGUCGGCGGAACAGUUGAAGGAGUACAAGAGACUCAAGGAAGAAGCCCUUCGAAGGGACCAUCGAAGGAUCGGAAAGGAUCUGAACCUGUUCAGCAUUCAGGAAGAAGCCGGGGGCGGGCUCGUCUUCUGGCACCCGAAGGGUGCAAUUAUGCGGCACUUAAUAGAGGAUUAUUGGAAGAGUGUGCAUUUGCGAGAAGGCUACGAGCUCAUAUACAGUCCUCAUGUGGCGAAACUUGAUCUGUGGAAGACCAGCGGGCACUUUGACUUCUACAGAGAAAACAUGUUUGACCAGAUGCAGAUCGAAAAUGAGAGUUAUCAGUUGCGACCGAUGAAUUGCCCAUUUCACAUUACCGUAUAUAAAGACGGCAUGCACUCGUACAGGGACCUUCCAUUCCGAUGGGCAGAGCUUGGCACAGUGUAUAGAUACGAGAAAUCCGGGACCAUGCAUGGACUCUUCCGUGUGCGGGGAUUCACCCAGGUCGAUUUCAACCUGCCUGAUCGAUUCGGUCUGUUCUACAUCGACAAGGACAACUGUCGCGCCCGGCCAAUCAUGAUUCACCGUGCGAUCUUCGGUUCGUUGGAGCGCUUCUUUGGGAUCUUGAUCGAGAAUUAUGCCGGCGAUUUCCCUCUUUGGAUUUCCCCGGUGCAGGUCCGCGUCCUCCCUGUCACAGACCUCCAGGUGGACUAUGGCUCGGAGGUCGUCCGGCAGCUGAAAGACGCGGGAUUCCGAGCGGAAUUGUCGAGCGGCGAGCGACUGCCGAAACUCAUUCGCAAUGCGGAGAAGGCGAGAACUCCUGUAAUGAUCGUUGUCGGCCCGAAGGAGGUGGAGACGUCCACGCUAGCGGUGCGAACCCGCCACUCCGGCGACUUAGGAAGCUUGCACAUUGACGACCUGAUGACGAAGUUGAGUGACGUCGUUAGCAGCGCAGCGGAUGAACAAGGUUUUGCUGGUGUGGCGCUGCACGGUGGUGAUAAGGAACCAUUACACCCUGCUGGGUCGGCGGUUCUGACAUGCACGGAAUCUCAAGAAUGUGGGAGGAAUUGUGCAAAGGUUGAGCUGAGGCGGCUGCAGACCGCAGCAGCCCAGAUACUUGCCGAGGGUUGUGAAGAAUUGGCUGAAGAGGGACUGGUUGAUAAGAUGGGAUGGGUGGAUGCUGUUGCGGUGCUGGGGAUUGGCCCAUCGGUCCGUGAGGCUACCUGGCAUUGGCCUACCGCGGUUGGGGGCGGGGGCAACCCCGUCCUCCUGUCUGGCCUCUACCUCGGCCUCUACCCCGGGUACGUCUCCCUGCUGGCAUCGGCUCCUGAAAACGAGGGCAGUCUGGGUCAAAUUCGUCAUGGUACCACCAUAGGCACUUCUGACAAAAAGGCGUGUCUUGGUUUGCAAACGGAAUUUGCAUUGCCUGCCCGUUCGGUCGCCUGAUUACGAACCAUUCCUGGAAUGUGUCUCUGACCACCGGGUCACAGUCAAUUUUGACAUUACCCAGGCGAGGCUCAUCCUCCUUCCUAUCCGGGGGGUGCAUGUGUACGAUAGGGCCCAUUAGAUUUUGGAUCGCAUAUCGGAGGGAGAAAAGAGCUCCGAGUGGUACCCGGAGAGCAAUAAUGCAGUACUUGGCGGCUGAUUCUGUUUGUCUCAGCGAGUUCCUGUUGAGUCAUCCAGGGGCAAAAAGUAACACGGAUGGGGCCGUCCCUAGAUGGGAUAAAAUCUUGGCCCUUAAUCAACAUCCAUUGUGCAA